UCUCGUAUGACUGGAUCAGAUGAGGACGGGGACAGUGGCUGGGAUGCAUGGGGCACCUGGAGCGACUGCUCACGCACCUGUGGAGGCGGGGCCUCGUACUCUCUACGCAGGUGUCUCAACGGAGGGAACUGUGAAGGCAAGAAUAUCCGCUACAGAACGUGCAGUAACAUGGACUGUCCCGUCGAGUCGGGAGACUUCCGAGCCCAGCAGUGCUCCGCCCACAAUGACAUCAGGUACCAGGGAAUGGUAUACGAGUGGAUUCCCGUGCCCUAUGAACCCUCGGCUGCGUGCGCCCUGCGGUGCCAGGCGCGGGGGAGGAGCCUAACGGUGGAGCUGGCACCUAAGGUUCUAGACGGAACACGUUGCCGGGCCGACGCCCUGGAUAUGUGCAUCAGUGGGGUCUGUCAGGAGGUGGGAUGUGACAGACAGCUGGGCAGCGGUGCCAGGGAAGACAACUGCGGUGUGUGUGCCGGUGACGGUUCUACUUGUCGGCUGGUCCGGGGCCAGGCGCUGCCUCACGUCUCACCGGAAGAACCUGUGAAGACAGUGCUGGAAGUCCCCUUGGGAAGCAGGAGUUUGAGAGUAAGCUCCAAGGGACCUGAUGUCAUAGUAAUCGAGACCCAGUCUCUGCAGGGUCAUAGAGAGGAGCACAGUCUGGUCUCUCCUGGUUCCUACAUCAUCGGCAACACCACAGUGGACUACCAGAAAGGGACAGACAGACAGACGCUCAGGACACAAGGACCUCUGGGAGCUGAUUACAUCAUCAAGGUGAAAUAUGCUGCUCCGAAGGACACGAUGGUCCAGUUCCUGUUCUAUCAACCAAUCAGGUACCAGUGGAGAGAGACUGACUUCUUCCCCUGCUCUGUCACCUGUGGAGGAGGUUACCAGCUGAACUCAGCAGAGUGCACAGACAUCAGGUCCAGUCAGGUGUUACCAGAGCACCACUGUAACAGCUACCCUGAGAACACCAAACCCACGCCCAAACUCAAGGAGUGCAACAUGGACCUCUGUCCUGAGAGUGAUGGCUUCAUAGAGGUGAUGCCUUAUGACCACUUUCAGCCUCUGCCACGGUGAGUGACCAUCAUAGUCUAUCACAGAGCCUGUAC